CUACAACAUGCUGGUCUUCCAUCCCUGUAGAUGGAGUGUUUUCCUUUCUUUGUCCCGUCUCUCUCAGAAGGAUGUUUCCCAAUCCUAUAACUUUGUUGUCUAUGAUGUAACGAUCCGUUUCCCUUUGCCACUACAGGACAACAGCUGGAGGGAGCAAAACUUUUAGCAACUGUAGGACAUUAAGAAGUUCGCUCCAACAAUAAAGUUAGGUUCGAAUUUCUUUGUUGGCCCUGAGCUGUCGGAUGUGGAAAUGAUGGAUUCGAGGUAUGAGAUACAGCAGAGAGGCGGAGGCGGAGGCGGUAGUGGGAAAAGCGGACAAAACUGGGGCUCGUUGAGCGGUUCCCCGGCUCUGACCGGUGGGCAGUCUCGCCGAAGGAAGUUGCAGCCGCGGCCGGCCGAUUACAAAUUGCAGGUCAUUAUCAUCGGCUCUCGCGGAGUCGGCAAAACCAGUCUGAUGGAGAGGUUCACGGAUGAUACUUUCUGCGAAGCGUGCAAGUCCACUGUUGGGGUUGAUUUUAAAAUCAAAACUGUUGAGCUAAGAGAAAAGAAAAUCAGAUUACAGAUCUGGGAUACAGCAGGGCAGGAAAGAUUCAACAGCAUUACUUCUGCUUACUACAGAGGAGCCAAGGGAAUUGUAAUAGUGUACGACAUUACCAAGCAGGAGACAUUUGACGACUUGCCAAAGUGGAUGAAAAUGAUUGACAAGUAUGCUUCAGAGGAUGCAGAACUUUUACUAGUUGGAAACAAGUUAGACUGUGAAGCUGACAGAAAAAUCACCCGACAGCAAGGCGAAAAGUUUGCCCAGAGGAUAUCCUGUAUGCGAUUCUGUGAAGCGAGUGCGAAGGAUAAUUAUAAUGUUGAUGAGAUAUUUUUAAAACUCGUUGAUGACAUUCUGAACAAGUUGCCUCUAGAACUUCCCAGGAAGGAGCUGUCCAACAGCAUCCUGUCUCUUCAGCCAGAGCCUGAGAUCCCCCCUGAGCUGCCUCCUGCCCGGCUCAACCUGCGCUGCUGCUGAGUGGCCUGUCUGCAAAAACAGUAGCAUUGUGAACCAUUCCUGCCAGGCACAUCCAGUCAAAUGUCACUGUGGAGGAGAGUGCUAAAGCUUGCUGCCAGUGUGAGAGAUCAACACUUUUUACUUGUGACUGGAAUUACACAACAAUAAUGCAUUUCACGGGAACAUGCAGUAUUUAUUGAUACAUGCCAACAAUAGACAAAUACUCUGUCUUGCCAGUGCAUUUGAAAAUAUGCUGCACCUACGUGCUUGUAAAUCUAUCAGAAUUAAUGACAACCGAGAUGAUUGAUUGGCAACCAAGUUUGCUGCAUUCAGGGAAGGGAGCUCUUUUAUAUAUUUCUCCGACUUCUUUAUGUAGUUUUGCAAGUUGUUGUAAUAUCCAUUAGUUUACCUCCUCCCACACACUGCGUUUUUGACUGAAGCUGGUACGAAUGGUUCAUUUAUCCAUUUUGCACUACAAUCAGUUGGCUGUAGUAUGUAAGAAGGAUACAAGGACAAAUAUCAAGAAAGCUACACAUUAACUUGUAAUAUGAUUCGUGCACUAUAUAUCAUUAGACAGUAUCUUGAGUCAGGAUGUGUACAUUUUCCUGUAAAAUGUGUUAACUUUUUUUUUUGGCUUUUUCAAAUGUAACAUUAAGCCGAUUCCUGCUUUUUAAUAAUGAUUAAGUCUGCUGUUUCAUUUACAGCUGUAGUGCAGACGAGAAGAGGACAGGCAGGCUAAAUAUUAAGGUAUAUUGAAGUGUUUUAAUAUUGUAAAAGGGACAUACAUUGACAUUAUAGACCCUCUUUGGUUUUGGUAAGGGCACUGAAUAGGAGAGUCAUAUGCCGAAACAACACUUGUGGAAAACCAUUAACCCGGCACACUUAAUUUAGCCCCAACACAAGUGUUAUUCCUGAAUAUGGUUGUGAAAUUAUAAAAUGAAACUGCACUUCCUAUUUUGGAGAAUUGUACUGAAGUACCCAAAGGCUGUGUUUAGCAGGUGAUGUCACGGCAGUGCAAGAUGCAUUGUUAAUGGCUGAUCCACACAGUUUGUAUGGCCAGAACAAGCAAAUCGGACUGUUAUACAAAGGGGGUGAUGAUUUUCACUCUGUGAAGUACACUGUUCCAUUGUAGGACCUGCCAGUAAGAAAAAUACAGUGUCUCCUUCAGGUAAUUGAUGCACACUUUGAAUGGCAGAGAUUCAUUAGACACUUCCUGUAGUUUGCAUGUGACGUUGCACCUGGUUACUACAGUCUGCAGCUACUCUGGGCUUUGCUAGGCUAAUUUACAGGACUUCAGCAUGUUGUUUUGUUGUUCAUUCAAGGUUAUGUAACUUGUAGUGUUUAGGUAAGUCAUGAAGAUUGCCAGUCUUGGCCUAUUUUAUCAUGUAAACAGUAAUUCAGCUAUAUUUAAUAAACAUUGGUAUUUGGUGGCAUUUCGGAGUAAACCUCCAUUAUUUCGACUGGUCUAACAUAUGAUCAUUUAAAGAGACUGUGUAUUCUGUAUAUAUAUAGACAUACACAAACAAACGCAAUACGUAUAGGUCUUUAAGACAUUAGCCCAGUUUGUAAAGCGUGGAUUGGUUUGCCCAAAAUUUACAGUGUAGCAAAUAGGAAUGCCCACAGCAAACCGGGGCACAUUUGUUUUCUCAUACCUUUAGAUAAUCAUACAAUCUUCUUUAAUUAUUUGUCAAAAUAAAAAGAUUCUGAAUGUUCAUCUCUUUUCUGUAUGACUUUAUUGGUGUCAUUUUGCAGGGAAAACUAUUGUGGUAUUCAUAAACUAAUGAUGUGCAAAUAAAGUUUUAUAUUUAUUUCUCAAUAAUAAAUAGAGUACAUACUGCUUUU